GCCAGAGAGGAGCCAGGGGGUGACAGGCGGCCAUGCAGAGGGAUGAGUUCCAUCCCUUCAUCGAGGCCCUCCUUCCUCACGUCCGGGCCUUCGCCUACACCUGGUUCAACCUGCAGGCCCGGAAGCGCAAGUACUUCAAGAAGCACGAGAAGCGGAUGACCAAGGACGAGGAGCGGGCCGUGAAGGACGAGCUGCUGAACGAGAAGCCCGAGGUGAAGCAGAAGUGGGCCUCCCGCUUGCUGGCCAAGCUCCGGAAGGACAUCCGGCCCGAGUUCCGCGAAGACUUUGUCCUCUCGAUUACGGGCAAGAAGCCCUCGUGCUGCGUCCUCUCCAACCCCGACCAGAAGGGGAAGAUGCGCCGGAUCGACUGCCUGCGACAGGCCGACAAAGUGUGGCGCCUGGACCUCGUCAUGGUCAUCCUUUUCAAGGGCAUCCCCCUGGAGAGCACCGACGGGGAGCGCCUCGUCAAGGCCGCCCAGUGCACCAACCCCAUCCUCUGUGUCCAGCCCCACCACAUCAGCGUCUCCGUCAAAGAGCUCGAUCUCUACCUGGCGUAUUUCGUUCGCGAGAGAGAUUCAGAUCAGAGCAGCAGCCCAAGGACGGGAAUCGGUUCAGACCAAGAGGACAGCAAACCCAUCAUCACAUUGGAUGCGACAGAUUUCCAAGAAAAUUUUGUCACGUCAGGCGUCUUCAGUGUCACGGAGCUUAUCCAAGUCUCCCGAACGCCAGUGGUGACGGGGACGGGGCCAAAUUUCUCCUUGGGGGAGUUGCAAGGACACCUGGCUUAUGACCUCAAUCCCUCCAGCACAGGGAUGAGACGGACACUUCCGAGCACCUCCUCCAGUGGGAGUAAACGGCACAAGUCGGGUUCCAUGGAGGAUGACCUGGACACGAGUCCAGGUGGUGAAUAUUACACUUCUCCCAGCUCACCCACAAGUAGCAGCCGCAACUGGACAGAAGACAUGGAAGGGGGCAUCUCCCCGACUAUCAAAAAGGACAUGGACAAGUCUCCUUUCAACAGCCCGUCACCGCAGGAUUCAUCGCCUCGGCUGACCAGCUUCACUCAGCAUCAUCGGCCGGUCAUUGCCGUUCACAGUGGUAUCGCCCGAAGCCCCCACCCUUCCUCCGCUCUGCACUUCCCCACCACCUCGAUCCUGCCCCAGACGGCCUCCACCUACUUCCCCCACACAGCCAUAAGGUACCCGCCUCAUCUGAACCCGCAGGAUCCUCUGAAAGACCUCGUCUCGUUGGCCUGUGACCCGUCCAAUCAACAGCCGGGACCGUUAAAUGGAAGUGGCCAAGUGAAGGUACCCGGGCACUACCUUCCCACACAGAUGUUGGCGCCACCGCCCCCCGGUAUGCCGCGCCUGGCAAUCUCACCUGAUACCAAAUCCACCACGACAACAUCCGAGGGAGGGACCUCUUCGCCGACAUCACCCAGAGUUCGGCAGCUAGCAGAAACACGAAUCCCUUCUCCUUUGACUGGCGCCAGAGGCUGGCAGGCUCUAGGAGUCAUAACUCCGUCAACUGGCGCUCCCGUCUUGGCCCUCGCAAAAGAUUGA